CACGUACAUAUACGGAAUGCUGUGUGUUUACGGGUCAAACAGGUAUGUGCUGUCCAGAGGUGAGAACGUGAGGAGCGCCAAAUUCACACCGGUGUCAGAAACCUUUUUGCCAAACACCAAACCCACACACAGUACAGUGAUGGCAGAGGCACACCAGGCUGUAGCGUUUCAGUUUACCAUCACUCCGGAGGGGAUCAACCUGCACCUGUCCUACCAGGCCCUCAAUCAAAUCUACCUCUCUGGACUGCGAUCCUGGAAGAAACGCAUCAGUAGGAUUAGGAACAGAAUUAUAAAAGGUGUAUACCCAGCUAGCCCUUCCUCUUGGCUUUUUGUUGUUAUACCAAUCUUGGCCGUUAUGUACAUGCAGUCCGAUCCAUCUUUGGGCCUCAUUGAUAAGAUUCGAGAGCACCUGCCCCUCAGUUUGUCUCUGAGCGCUCAGGGUCAGACUUUGCUGUCGGCUCUGGUGUUCAGUACUCUGCUGUGGUUGUCUCUCAUUCUGACCCUGAGAUUCUGUCUAAAGCUUCUCCUGUCGUACCAUCGAUGGAUGUUUGAGCUACACGGCCGCAUUUCUACCAAGACCAAAGUCUGGGCGACCCUAGUUAGGUUGCUCUCUGGUAGGAAGCCAUUACUUUACAGUUAUCAGAUGUCUUUACCACACCUACCUGUUCCGCCCAUUAAAGACACACUGGAAAGAUAUCUUGAAUCAGUAAAGCCGAUGCUGAGUGCGGCUGAAUUUCAGCGAAUGACGAAACUUGCCGCUGAGUUCGAGAACAGUCUGGGCAGUCGCCUGCAGAGAUACCUCAAACUUAAAGCCCUGUGGGCCACAAACUAUGUUAGUGACUGGUGGGAAGAGUAUGUUUACCUCCGAGGGCGGGGUCCCAUUAUGGUUAACAGUAACUACUAUGGAAUGGACUUCUUGUAUGUGACGCCCACAGCUAACCAGGCAGCUCGAGCUGGAAACACCAUUACAGCCCUUUUUCUCUAUCGCCGCAAGGUCAAUCGAGAAGAGCUCAAACCUAGUCGUAUUCCUGGUACUGUCAUCCCGCUUUGUGCAGCUCAAUGUGAACGAAUAUUCAACACAACCCGGACCCCGGGAGAGGAAACUGAUGUACUGCAGCACUGGCAGGACAGUGAGUUCGUAGCUGUGUACCACAGGGGACGGUACUUCAGGUUAUGGGUCUACCACGCAGGACGGCUGCUGUCACCCAGAGAGAUCCAGUACCAGAUUCAAAUGAUACUGGAUGAUCCCUCGCCUCCUUUUCCAGGAGAGGACAAACUAGGAGCACUAACUGCAGGAAACAGGGUGCCCUGGGCUCGGGUCCGAAAGCAGUACUUCAGCUCGGGAGUUAAUAAGAAAUCACUGGACUGUAUUGAGAAAGCUGCUUUUUUUGUCACACUUGAUGAUCAGGAAGAAGGCAUGAUGGGAGAAGAAUCUUCUGGGAAUUUGGGCCGCUAUGCCAAAUCCCUCCUGCAUGGCAAAUGUUACGACAGGUGGUUUGAUAAGUCUUUUUCUAUUGUGGUGUAUAAGAACGGAAAGAGCGGGCUGAACGCAGAACAUUCUUGGGCUGAUGCUCCUAUUGUGGCACACUUGUGGGAGUACACUCUUGCCACAGACAAGUUUCAGUUGGGUUACAUGACAGACGGAAACUGUAGAGGAGAGGUCAGGCACUUCUUACCACAUCCACAACGCUUGAACUGGGACAUACCGGCAGAGGUUCAGGCUCAAAUAUUUGACUCUCUUGCUGUUGCACAAGCACUCGCUGAUGAUGUUGACUGCUACGUAUUUCCCUUCAGAGAGUUUGGCAAGGGUCUUAUUAAGAAAAUGAAAACCAGCCCGGACUCCUUCGUGCAGCUGGCCCUGCAGCUGGCCUAUUACAGGAAUAAAGGAGCGUUCUGUCUCACAUAUGAAGCCUCUAUGACACGUCUGUUUCGUGAGGGUCGCACAGAGACUGUACGCUCUUGCUCGAAUGAAAGCUGUGACUUUGUCCAUGCGUUGGAUGCAGAAGAGGACCGAGAACAUUGUCUCAAACUGUUCCAAAAAGCUGCUGAGAAGCAUCAGAAUCUCUACCGUCUGGCCAUGACUGGCUCAGGCAUUGAUAGACACCUCUUUUGCCUUUAUGUGGUCUCCAAAUACCUGGGGGCGGAGUCGUCUUUUCUUAAAGAGGUAACCAUGGUUAACGGAGGAAGAACAAUGAUUUCCAGCACCACCCUCCUUUUAAAGCUUCCAGUCUGUUAUUCUAAUUCAAUCAGCAUUACAGAGUGACCUCCAGCCUUGUCCUCGUCAACACUCUCACCUGUGUUAACCAGAGAUUCACUGACAGCUGGUCUUUUUGUGGCAGGGUUGAAAUGGAAUGUACAUGGUUUUUUUUGGACUAAGUUCAUUUUCAUGGCAAAGAGGUACUUCACAAUAAAAUUCAAUUCAUCUGAUCACUCGUCAUAACAUUCUGGAGUAUAUGCCAUUCACCAUCAUAAAAACUGAGGCAGCAGAAUUUGUGAAAAUUAAUAUUUGUGUAAUUCUCAAAACUUUUGGCCACGGCUGUAGAUUUGACGCAUUUAAACAAAUCCUAUGGAACAUUGAGAUCUAAAAAAGUUAGCGGUUGAGCUUGGUAUCGGAGUCUAAAUUCAAAAUAUUGGAGAGACAAGUUUAGCCAAGUAAUGGUUCUCGGUUUCAUUUGAUUGUUAUCAGAAAUAAUCUACAGGCACUCUAUUGUUUGUGAAUGUGUACCGGAAGUUCAGUUGGGGUCACAAAAGAGCGCGUGCGCAGUAACGUUUGUUUAUGUUGUUAAGAUGAAACCGUCUAUACAACGUUUUCAGGAUUGCUGGGAAAACCUGAAAUUUCCUCAGCUUUCGCAGAAAGUAAAUCCGUUUUUAGACUUUUCACCUGAGCUGCAAUGGGAAGUUGGGGAUUGUUAAGGACUAGUCAGCUAUAUACAACAAAGUGUGUCAUCAGUUAAUCUUUAACUGUUGUGUGGUCUCAGCAGUAUAUGGCUCUA